AAAAAAAAAGGAAAACUCAAGUGACUCCGAAUAAUAAUAAUAAGGCUGCCUUGUUUAUCCAACGAAGGGGGGUUGGACAUAGGCUGAAUUCUACCGAACUUUUCUAAAUUUCCCAUUCUCUCCCCCGACUUAACUUUGUAUCCACACUACUGCUUCAUUCUCACCGAUCCAAGGUCAGCGUCAGUGACCGCCCACGGGAACUGGCAACGCGGCAACAAACCUCCGUGGACCCCGGCUGGUUUUUUUAUUUUUUCUAACAUGGGAGAUUGAGUCACUGGCUGAAUACACGACGGACCACCACAGACUGUAUCAGUGCUGAUGGAAGAAGCCUCAGCAACAAAGGAGUGAAAUAGCCCGAAAAAGUCAAGUUUAUGAGCGAUACACGCAGUGACACCAUGUUGGGAAACCCAGGGUCUUAUGCGAACAAGAAGAGGAAGAAGCCCGUUCUCAAACAAAAGAAGCAGCCUGAGAGAAAUGAAGUUGUUAAAUCAAACCCCUCGAAGCGCCACCGGGAUCGGCUGAAUGGGGAGUUGGACCGGUUGACGGAGCUCCUGCCGUUCAACGGGGAGAUCCGCUCUCGUCUGGACAAACUGUCGGUCCUUCGCCUCAGCGUAGGGUACCUGAGGGUCAAGAGCUACUUCAAAGCGACCAUAAAGAGCAGCAACAACAGUCUGACGUUUCCCGGAGUCAACGGGCAGAAUGGGAACAGCAUGGACGCCUGCAGCUUCUCUGAGGGAGACCUGCUGCUCCAGGCGCUGAACGGGUUUGUGAUUGUGGUCACGUCAGAUGGAUCCGUGUUUUACGUCUCCUCCACAAUUAAGGACUACCUGGGCUUUCAUCAGUCGGAUGUGGUCCAUCAGAGUGUGUUUGAGCUCAUCCACACUGAUGACCGGUCCUUGUUCAGACAGCAGCUUCACUUUGCCCUGAACCCCCCCACUGCUGCUGCGGGUGGAGAUGUCAUGCAGAACUGUGGGAGUACGGUGAUGUACAAUCCUGAGCAGCUUCCCCCGGAGAACUCGUCCUUCCUGGAGAGGAGCUUCGUGUGUCGCUUCCGCUGCCUGCUGGACAACUCCUCUGGCUUUCUGGCUCUCAAGUUCCAGGGGCGACUGAAGUACCUCCACGGCCAGAGGGUGUUGAGGGACAACGGGAACAGUAGCAAACCUCAGCUGGCUCUCUUCUCCAUCGCCAUGCCCGUCCAGCCCCCUACCAUCGUGGAGAUCAGAUCCAAAAUGCUCCUCUUUCAAACCAAACACAAGCUGGACUUCACACCCACAGGUGUUGAUAGCAGGGGGAAGAUUGUUCUGGGUUAUUCAGAGACUGAACUGUGUAUGAAAGGCUCCGGCUACCAAUUCAUCCACGCUGCUGACAUGUUGUACUGCGCCAACAACCACAUCCGCAUGAUUAAAACGGGGGAGAGCGGUAUGACUGUCUUCAGGCUCCUCAGUAAGUCCAGUGGCUGGGUGUGGGUGAAGGCCAACGCCAAGCUGAUCUUCAAAAACGGAAGACCUGAUUUCAUCAUCGCAGAGCAGACAGCUUUAGUCAACGCCGAGGGGGAGGAGUAUCUGCGUCAGAGGGCCCUGCAGCUUCCCUUCAGCUGCACCACAGGAGAGGGCGUCCUCUACAACACCGGCCCGACGGUGGACCUGGCACAGUUUCAGUUCAAUAAAAAGUUCAGUAGCAUCAACGACAUGAGCCAGGACGUUCCCCCCGGCUCUUUGGUGGACUGCUUCCUGAAGCAGGAUGAGUCGGCCUACUUGCCAGCUGUGGAAACUCAGUUACCUGUGGAUCAGGUGUUCAUGGACAGCGAGGCUCUGAUCAACGUGGGUAACUCCUGGCAGGAGAGUGGAGCUACAGGCACAACGGAGUCUGUGGUGGUGAAAGAGGAAGCCAAGCAGUCAGUGAUGGCCGUCUUUGACAACCUGGGCAAGUUAACUCAAGACGGGGACUUUUGUGCAGCGCUGCAGGAUCUGGACGUGGAUGAUUCAGAGCUGAUGGACUGGGAAAAUGCCCUCAAGAGAAUAAAUCAGGAUGAGGAUCAGCGAAACAACGUCAAGUCCGAUCUGGACAGCAUCCUCACUAAUGACAUUUUUGACUACAUUGAUAGUGUUUUGUUCAAAGAGAAGGAAAAAGAUCUGAGCGCAAGCCCGCCCAGCUGCCUGACAGCAGCCAGCAACAAUCAGCAGGACCGUUUCAGUGCCCAGCUGUCAGCCGCUGCACUUGGGGAGCAGCAGUUGUUUCAGACGCUGAGCCCUGAACUGAAUUACUCUCCAAUGAAUGGACUCUACGCUCACCAGCAGGAAUCACUGAACGGCCCAGUGAUUGCAGAGUCUGCUCAGAUAUUCAGCAGCACCCAGAAACUCUCUCACAACGGUCCCCUGAACACUCAGGCCGACACCAACCUGCUCCCUCUUCAGCAGCUGCAGCUCCAAGACAUUUUCAGCCCGUCUAUAGAGCUCCCAGAGCUCACUGUCCCCAACAGCAUCGCUGGAGUCGCCUCAGCCCCGUUUCAAUCCUGUGGGCAGGCGUCUAACAACCACAUGGGCGUCUCUCGUGGGAUUUCUGCACCGACGCAGUCCGGCCAGUUUCUGCUGCAUCCGCAAAACAAUGUGCAAGCUCCUGCAAUGGCAGCUAACGGACAGUUACUGCAGAGCUCUGUUCAACAGCCAAACCACAUGGCAGCCGUUGUUAUGGACGUUUUGCCAGCCCUGAUUCCUUGCAUUGACUUUAUUUCCGCUAACACGUCUAAUAUUCCCCUUCCUUUUGCCGCAACUCUCCUGCAAGGAAGCGCGUCUUUUGAGCCGCACAACCCCCAGGUGCAGCCGUGGCCUCAGAGCCAGCAGCAGAAGCUGCCUCACUCCGGCAUCAUGCAGAACGGACACAAACUGAUGCCAGUGUGCAACAGCCAACCUACGGAAAGCCAAACAUUCCCGCGUGCCGGCCUCUGGCCAAGGAGCGUCCCCGGACUGAACCACGCUCAGCAGACAGGGCUGACGUGUGGCCAGGCAGCCACUCACAGCAGCUGCUUGUUCGACCAGCACUUUUCUUCCGGGCCAGCAGGAGGCGACGUCCUGGCUUUCUCUGGCACUGCAGGCCUGAGGGGGGCUGACCCGUCUCUGGAUCAGAGUCCUCUUCAAGGGUCCUGCUACUUCCAGUGGAGCCACAGCGAGCCGGUGAUGGGAACGUCCGCUAUCAACCAGGAGAACGCCGACAUCAGCCCUCUGACAGCCCCGCCGAUCAUCCCCUCCUCAGAACACACACUCAACAUUCCUCACUACCUGGAAUGCCACAGACACACACAGGAUGAGAGAAUCUCCGCUGAACUCAAUGAGAUGUUUACCACUCCUGCCCGUGAUGUAGCCAUGUACCUGACAGAGUAAAGUCAAGCCACCGUGUUUUGUCUUUGGCAAAAAUGAAAUCCCGGAGAAGGACAAAUCUCAGUAUAUAGUUCGCCUGUAUCAGUGCUUAUCCACAGACUCUCGUGCUUAUCGAUAUUGCCAUAAUGUUUUAUAUAACUCUGUAUCAUUUAUAUGUUGUCCAGUCUGUGAUGUUUAAAUGUUUGGCUUUCAGUUUUUAGUGAAGAUACACUAUAGUAAUAAUGAAGUAUAAAGCCGCAAGUGCGUUUACCAGGAUGGAGCUUGAGCCAGCUAGGAGGAUUGGUCAAGGAAAUCCAAAGAGCCAAAGAAAUAGGUUUUUAUAAGGGAAGCCGGGCCAGGGACAUCCAUUAUCUCCCAAGUAUAAAUGCCUAAAAAAAAACACAACUGAACAUACUGUUUUGUUUUUUAUCAAAUAUAAUCAUUCUGAACUUUAAUGCUGAUAAAGUUGAGAGUUUUUCUAAAAGACAUCGUCGACAUCUUCGUAGUAAUCAGUGUACAGAAUCACUGAAAGUGACCUACCUGAAAGCACAGCCGUACCUUCAAAUUAAUAUUAUUACAGAUGAAAUAAUCUGUGUAUUUUAAAUGAAACCCUUAACUGUGGUUAUUGCAAGUCUGUAACUAUACUAGUAGUAUUUGUUUCACCAAGAGAUCUCACAACAAUCUCUCAUGUACAUUCUCUGCAUGUGAUUAUCUUUGCAGUAUAAAUGUGCUUUUCUGGAUAAUACGUGUCAGUUAGGGAUGCAUACAUAUCUCAAAUCCCAAAAUGUAAGAGCACCAGUAAACGUGUCAGAAAAAAGCAGAGAAUUCAAGAACUAUUGUGAGCAAUGCAAGUAUUUUCACGUGUUGUUUUAUUUCCAUUUCAGCAACAUAUUAAAAUAAGCAUCGCUGCAGUUGAGUUAAUCUGAAUGCACUGCUGCUAACUGAGACCUAUACUUGUUGGUUAUUUUAAGAAGCAUCUUACUCAUGCAUAUUAAGCAACUGAACUAAAAACAAACUGCAAGUCCUGAGCUUCAAGAAAUCAGUCCAUCAAAAGUCAUCUAACCCCACAUUCCCCCUAACUAUUAUGCAGUGCACUAAUCUCGACAAAAUGCUCGGUGAUUGCAAGAAAGAAAAUAACGUAGUUUCAGGAAAUAUAUGACUAUUACCUUAUGGAGACUCAGCCUGACAUCCCUCAGAGGUGUGCACUUUGUGUAAUAUAUUUUCUAAUUUUCUACAAGUGCAAACAGCUGAUUAGCACAUGCAGUCAACUGACUUCUGCAUUAUGGAGGGUAACGUGAAUCCAUUAUUAAACAAGUUAUUGAUGGACGCCUUUCAAAGACAGUAGAUCAGCCCAUUCCAUGUUGUCCCUACAUUUAAACAAAGCAGGUCCACGGAAAUAAACAACCUAUAACUCUGCAGCAUCCCUCACACAAAAAUACUCUUUUCCAUUCUUCAAUGUCCCGUAGUCCUACAGGGGAUCACCCUAACAUAUAUUCCGCUUCAACCCAAACAUUAAUUUAUAUAGCAAACAGCAUGACCAUAUACACUCUUGUGCCUUCAUGCCGGAUCGGCAGCUUAAAAUAUCUUCAUAUACAUUGAAUAUAUCCGUGCCUUGUUGUAUAAAGCCUCUUCAAAUAAUAAUCCAUUUUUGUUUUUCUAAGGCGAACCUGUAGAGCUGCACUAGUUUAAGGGAAGCCAUGUCCAUAUAGGAGAUGCAGUGUCCUUACUGUAAAUGAAAUGAUUUAUCCUGCAUUGUGCAUUUCAAGGCUCUGAGGAAUUUGUUAGUCCAUUUUCCAUUAUAUAAAAACGUCCUAAACAAUGGAAACAAGGGAGAAUACUAAGCUUGACCUAUCUCUGUAGAGAUGGUAAGAUUUCUUUCAUUGGUGAGCAGGGGAUUUAGUAUUGAGAUUCAAACUGGUCUAACAAUGCAUUCAGAUCAUAUUCACUUUGCUUUGUCUGUUUCCUGUUCGGCCGCUUCGUGUUGGCUCCUUUUGUAUCUUUCUCACCAGGUGUUUGUAAUAUCAACACUACAAUAAACAGCAUGACUGCUUUGGAUAAUCCUGAGCAAAACCAGCAUUAACAUGGCAGCUUAACCGUAUUCCCACUGCACUGUGGGAAAUCACUCAGUAUUUUUUUUGGAAACCUUUCAGUACAACGCUUCAAAAUAAUUGGCCGCAAUAUAAUGCGGCCUUCUCGCCUGUGUCUCUUUUGGUUCUCUGGUUGUUUUACGUGUUGAAAAAAGUAUAGGAUCUUGGUGUGAAGCAGACUCUGGAGGCUAUAAGGACAGCCUAUAAACAGCCUUGGAUAUUGAACUUUAAUACAGACAUGUCAUGACUGUAGCCACUAUGAAAAACCUGGAGCCAAAUGUUUUCUUCUCAGCGGUGUUGAUGCUUCUAUGCUAACAUGUGCCUUGCCAUAUUUUUGUUAUUUGUAAAAAAAAGCAAAGAAAAAAAAAUCACAUCUAUUCAGUUUAUGUAAUCCACUUUAGCCUCGUAGUUAUAGUAUAUAUAUCAUAAUAUAUGUUAUAAAAAACAGCCUUUGUCUACUGUUAAAUGCUUUUUCAUAAAUAUAUGUGUGCAAUGAUUACAAA